UAUUGCUUCCGGGUGAAUUCUUUACCGUAUACUUUCUAAACUCUAACGCUAAUGAUUUGGUAUUGUCUUUAUAGUGUAUUAUUGAAAACAAUCUAGAGCCAGCAGGUUAUCUCGUUCCUUUACAAACCCGUUUGACCUAACGAUGAUUAGCGCUUCACACUGAAACUGAGAUUGAGCUCACUUCCGACUUCCCGCCGCCUAGCCGCAGUUGUAGAUUCUACCCGCGAAAUUUUAAAGCGCGCGCCGUAAACAGCAGCCACAGUGUGUGUGAUAACUCUCUCACGACACGUAGAACUUUACCGAGAUGCCUGCAUUAAAAAAGCCUAUGCGAUACGGGCAUCCCGAGGGGCAUACAGAUGUCAGUUUUGAUGACAAUGGCAGCUGCUUAGUAACCUGUGGUAGUGAUGGCGACAUAAGGAUUUGGGAAAAUUUAGAUGACGAUGACCCAAAAUCGAUAAAUGUUGGAGAAAAGGCAUAUUCUUUUGCAUUGAAAAAUGGCAAAGUAGUUACAGCUACAUCAAACAAUGUGAUUCAGAUGCACACUUUUCCUGAUGGGGACCCUGACGGAAUACUAACUCGCUUCACCACGAAUGCCAAUCAUGUUGUCUUUAACACUGAUGGUACUAAAAUUGCAGCAGGUUCAGGGGAUUUUCUGGUUAAAGUUGUAGAUGUGGAUGAUAGCAGUCAGCAGAAAACUCUACGGGGACAUGAUGCUCCUGUGUUAAGUGUUUCAUUUGAUCCCAAGGAUACUUUUCUGGCAUCAGCAAGCUGUGAUGGAUCAGUCAGGAUAUGGAAUCUCUCAGAUCAGACAUGUGAAUCAAACUUGCCCCUUCUUCAAAAAUGUAAUGAUGUUGUGAAUGCUAAGUCAAUCUGCAGACUCAAGUGGCAACCGAAAAGUGGAAAGUUACUUGCAGUGCCAGUUGAUAAAAGUGUCCAUCUUUACGAGCGGGACUCUUGGAGGAAUACCGUAACACUCUCAGAUGACUUUGUAACACAGUCACUGAAUGUUGUGACAUGGUCUCCCUGCGGAAUGUACCUGGUUGCUGGAAGUGUGGAUGGUUGUAUCGUGGUCUGGAAUGUAGAAAACAAAGCAUGCAUGGAAAGAAUAAAGCAUGAUAAGGGCUACGCUAUCUCUGGCCUCUCUUGGCACCCAAAGCUAGCUCAGGUGGCCUACACAGACAACGAAGGAAACCUGGGAUUGUUGGAGAAUGUCUGUCAUGGAGAUGGUGGAAAAUCUGCUGCAAAGGUUCCAAGUGCAACAACCAAAGAUUAUGAUGAGCUCUUUGAUGGAGAUGAUGACAAUGAAGAUUUUCUGAAUGGAGACAUGAUUGAUCAUGAUGGAAUUACUGGCAUUGAGGAUGACGACGACCUCAUGCCAAUUUCUGGGCGACCGAGGCAGAGAGGCGGUAUACUGGAUGAUGAUAAUUCACUAGAUGUUCCAUCUUUGAAACCAAGUGUAAAUGAAAAGCUGGGAGGGGUAGAUGAUGAUAAGAGCAGUGUUCAAGAAUUUCCUGCUGCUGCUUUAAAGCCUUCUUAUAAUGGGCCAGUGCCAACUCCACAGCAAAAACCUUUCCAAUCUGGAUCUACACCAUCACAUCUCAUGCACAGAUUCAUGGUGUGGAAUUCAAUUGGAGUUAUCCGUUGCUACAAUGAUGAACAAGAUAAUGCUAUUGAUGUGGAGUUUCAUGAUACUUCCAUACAUCAUGCCAUACAUCUGACCAACACUCUGAACCAUACGAUUGCAGAUAUUUCUCAAGAAGCUGUAUUGCUUGCUUGCGAAAGCACUGAUGAACUGGCCAGCAAACUCCAGUGCCUACACUUCAGCUCCUGGGACACCAGUAAAGAGUGGAUAGUGGAUAUGCCUAAGGGGGAAGACAUCCAAGCAGUUUGCCUUGGGCAGGGUUGGAUGGCAUGUGCCACCAGUGCUCUGCUACUACGUCUGUUCUCAGUUGGUGGUGUUCAAAAAGAGAUUUUCAGUCUACAUGGCCCUGUUGUAUGUAUGGCAGGACAUGGAGAGCAGCUGAUUAUAGUAUAUCACAGAGGUGUGGGGUUUGAUGGAGAUCAAUGUCUUGGUGUGCAAAUUUUUGAGCUGGGGAAAAACAAGAAACAGGUUUUACAUGGAGACACCCUUCCACUUUCCAGAAAAGCUUACCUUUCCUGGCUUGGAUUUUCAGCAGAAGGUAGCCCAUGUUAUGUGGACUCAGAGGGCAUAGUGCGGCUGCUGAACCGAGAGCUUGGACAUACGUGGGUACCUGUGUGUAACACCAGAGAGCACUGCAAGGGAAAAUCUGAUCACUACUGGGUGGUUGGCGUUCAUGAGAAUCCACAACAGCUGAGGUGUAUCCCAUGUAAAGGAUCAAGAUUCCCUCCAACCCUUCCCCGACCUGCUGUAGCCAUCCUACCAUUCAAUCUUCCCUAUUGCCAGAUAUCAACAGAAAAAGGACAAAUGGAGGAGCAAUACUGGCGCUCUUUUCUGUUCACAAAUCACUUUGACUAUUUGUCUAAAAAUGGUUAUGAAUUUGAUGAAAAUGCAAAAACUGAAGCACAAAAAGAGCAGCAGGAACUGCUAAUGAAAAUGUUUGCGUUGUCCUGUAAAUUAGAGCGUGAAUUUCGAUGUACAGAGCUUGCAGAAUAUAUGGCUCAAAAUGCGAUAAACUUAGCCAUUAAGUAUGCAUCUCGCUCCAAGAGACUUAUACUAGCCCAGCGGCUCAGUGAGAUGGCUCUAGAAAAGGCAGCAGAGUUGGCGUCGCUUCAGCAGCAGGAAGAAAUGGAAGAGGAGGAGGAGAGUGAGGAUUUCCGGAGUGGACUGAAUGCUGGCUACAGUAGGACAGCCACAGAAUGGAAUGGUUCGUAUUCAAAAUCUGUUAGUCACAAGCAGGAACAGAUGAAAACAAAUGGUGAAGAUGAGGGCCAAGAGGAGGACGAGCAUGAAGAGGAAGCGCCUACAAUUAGCAAAUCAUCUCUUUAUACUGUCAACAAAAGUGCAAAUUCACCUGAACCUUCCGUCCCAAAGUCAGGUGCAAUAGUGUCAAGCAACCAAGGAAGAGUUAAUCCUUUUAAGGUGUCAUCAGCCAGUAAUAAAAGCCCAGCAUUUUCAGGCAGCUCUUCUCGCUCUGCCAACAUCUUGGAUAACAUGACUAAAUUUUCUAAGAAGCCAACACCUGGUGGAAACCAAUCUGCAAGUAAAUCUGAUUCCAUUGUUAUUAAGCCUCUGGCCCCGAAGUCAAAAUCAAAGCAGGGCCAAGCUACUUUAUUUCAAACUGCCCAUUUGAAACCUGCUGGGAAAAAAACAGAAGAUAAAGAAAAAAAUAUUGUGUCGUCAGCUAACAGCGCAACUCCUGAACACACAGAGAACAAGAAGCCAAAAACUGGCUUUCAGCUAUGGUUGGAUGAAAACAGAAAACAAAUCCUUUCAGAAAACCCUGAGCUUGAUGAAUCUGAAAUAAUUAAAGAGGGUAUGAGUCGAUUUCGGGCUAUCACUCCAGAAGAAAGGAUGCUUUGGACAGAAAAAGCCAAAGGAGACAUUUUGGAUGCUGCAGAUAUAAAGAAAAGGAAACGCACAGAACUGGAAAAUAAUGGUUCUAAUCAAACCCUAGUAGAAAACUCAGAUGACACUUCAGCAAAGAAACGGAAACCUUUAGACCAAUCUGUGAAUACCAAGCUGUCUGCAUUUGCGUUUAAAAAAGACUGAGGAAAAAAGACAAAUCUAACUACUCAUAUUAAAUGAAAGGAUGUUUAAUGUUCUUUUGCUAUUAUAUAGCACUUUCAAAUAAUUAGUUUUUGGGGGGUGGUUGCUGAGAAUCAUUAUUAUAAAAGAGAAACGCUCACCUAUUUUGUAGGAGUUUGAAGCGUAGAGGUUAAUAGACAUGUAUGCUGGUUAAUAUAGUACUACAAAAAGAUAAAUUCCAAGUCCCUUAUUGCAUCUUUUGUUAGACCGUACUAUUUUAUCCGGUUCUGUAAAUGUAAUUUUAUGUGUUUCUAUAGAUGUCUGCAUGGAUGUUUUUACAACUUAUUGUCUUAUUGUGGUUAACUGCAUUAAAAUGUAAAGUUAUUAUAAAUAAAGUUAUUUUCUCCAAAUUUUACACUUGGGCUUUAACUUUGGAAAGCGUCAGUUAUCUAUCAAACAUUGAUACAGAACUGUUGCUAUGCAGGUCAAAUUUAGUGUUCUUGAAUGUUUACCUGACAUUAGUGUUUAUGAAUGGGAAUUAGUGUUUAUGAAUGGGAAUUAAUACUUUGCAACCUGCCUAUUUAGAAACAGUUUAAACAAAUAAUGUUUAAGAAAGUUACUACAAGGAAAAAAUAAACUGGGAGUACCGUU